AUGAGGCCAGUGUGGCAGACCCCCAGAGCCCAGAGGCUGCUGCUCCUGCUGACGCUGCUCCUAGUUCCUCAGGUGCAGGGGACCCAUCCAGAAUGCUCCAUCAUUAUGCAUUUCCAAGAGCAAGAGGCUGAGUGCCAGGAAAUAAUCAGAAGUGAAAACCAAAGCACUGAAGCUCCAGGGCCUCCCAGGUGGAAAGGCUGCCUGACAGAAUGGGAUGGUGUGAGCUGCUGGGAGGCAGCAGUGAUUGGCCAGUCCAGAACCAUGCCCUGUCCAGAGAUCCUGCAGAUGUUCAAGAAAUCUAAAGGUCUAAUACAACGGAACUGCACAGAAGCUGGGUGGAGCAGCCCCAGUCCCCCAUACUACAAGGCCUGUGAGCUGGAUGGCACCAAUAAGGACACAGAAACCAAGAAAGGCUACUUUGUCACUGUGAAAGUGCUCUAUACCUGCGGCUACUCUGCUUCCCUGGCUGCCCUGCUCUUGGCCAUUGGCAUCUUCUCCGGCUUCAGGAAGCUGCACUGCACCAGGAAUUCCAUCCACAUCCACUUCUUUACCUCUUUUAUAUUACGAGGAGCUGCUGUGUUCAUCAAAGAUUCUGUGCUCUUUGCAGAUGAGUCCAUCGAUCACUGCACAAUGUCAACAGUUAACUGCAAAACAGCUAUCGUCUUCUUCCAGUACUCAGUGUUGGCCAACUUCUACUGGCUCCUGGUGGAAGGGAUGUACCUGCAGACCCUAUUGCUGCUCACCUUCACCUCUGACAAGAGGUAUUUCUGGUGGUACAUCUUGAUUGGCUGGGCUUUAGACAGUGUGUGGAUCAUUACCCGGCUGCAAUAUGACAACAAUGGGUGCUGGGAUGAUUACGCCAGUCUGUACUGGUGGGUGAUCAAGGGACCCAUUCUCUUUGCUAUAUUUGUGAACUUUCUCAUAUUCCUGAAUGUGAUCAGAAUGCUAGUGCAGAAGAUUCGGUCCCCCGACAUUGGCAAGAACUACAAGCAGCAGUAUAUGCGACUCACAAAAUCCACACUGCUUCUCAUCCCCCUCUUCGGGGUUCACUAUGUGGUGUUUGCCCUGUUCCCUGAACACAUUGGCGUUGAAGCAAGACUCUACUUUGAACUGGUCCUCGGCUCCUAUCAGGGGUUCCUGGUCGCUCUGCUGUACUGCUUUCUGAAUGGAGAGGUCCAGGCUGAGAUCAAGAGGAACUGGGGCAAGUGGCAGUCAUCCAUGGAGAGCAAUGUCUUCAACCUGGUAACCCAGGAUUUUACGGCGUGA